UGGGGGACUGACCUGAUCGAAUGAGACUGUCGAACAAGUUAAAAGAAUUUUCCAAAGGAAUCAUAAUAUUUUGUCGUGAAGUGUCAGACAUCUCCUUCACAAACAGUGCUGAAAUUCGGAACUUUGACACCAAAACAAUGUCUCAACGGGGGUUCUACCGUAGCAGGGGAGGCAGAAACCGCAGCCGCAACGCCAGGGCUUGGCACGACACCCCUGAGAUGGCAUCUGGCAGCACCGAAUUCGCAGAAGACCGCUCUCAGUUUCGGAAUCGACCUCCUCGCGGUCUGCGAGGGAGAGAAAUCGGAAUGCACUACAGAAACCUAUCUUUGAGGAAGCGAGACGGCGACUUUGCCAGGUCGGAUGGGAGCCGAGAAAGGGGGGAGAGAGGGCCGAAUAGGAGGCAGGUAGAGGAGGAGCAGCUGAGGAAAAAGUUGACUGUGACCCUGGACCAACGGCGGGCUGAGAGGAUUUCGGAGAUGCUGGCGCAGACGGAAGGGCAAACAGUGGCCGCCGGCUUUGAAUAUCACAAAAUUGGCGAGAGCGAGUUCAAACGGCGCUUCCUGCAAAACCUCGAGGGCAACCUGAAGGGCCGCAGUCCGCCAUUUGAGCCUAUGGUGCAGGACAUUGAGCUGGAUGAUAACCUCAAAUUGGACUUGAAGAGGAAGCAGAUGGACUUCCGAUAUAUCAAAAUGAAGCAGGAUAGAGCCAAAUUGCCCGCUGCUGAUAAAAGGGCCGAGGUUGUCGACGCCGUCAGGGAAAACCAGGUCGUCGUCAUCAGCGGAGAGACAGGUUGUGGAAAAACGACCCAGGUUCCUCAAUUCAUCUUGGAUGACGCAAUAGAAAGGGGCCAGGGCUCAUUGUGCAGGAUCAUUUGCACGCAGCCGCGCAGGAUCAGCGCCGUCAGCAUUGCCCAACGCGUUGCUGAGGAAAGAAGUGAGAAACUUGGCAAGAGCGUCGGCUACCAAAUCCGCCUUGAAUGCGCUUUGCCGCGACAACAAGGCUGCAUCCUCUAUUGCACAACAGGCAUUCUUCUGCAGUUUCUGCAGUCAGACCCAAAUCUGAAGCUCACCACGCACAUUGUGAUCGACGAAAUUCAUGAGCAGGACAUCCUCAGCGACUUUAUCCUGACAAUCGUGAAAGAUCUCCUUCCCAGGAGACCCGACCUGAAGGUGAUCCUGAUGAGUGCCACCCUAAACGCUGAGUCGUUUUCCAAGUAUUACCACAACUGUCCUAUGAUUCACAUUCCGGGGUUCACACACCCUGUCACUGUCUACCACCUUGAGGAUGUGCUCAAAUUUACUGAUUUCAAAAUUGAAGGAAAAGCGAAAAAGAGACCGAUCUGGACCAACUACACGCGAGACGGCAAGGAACGGAAGGUGGCCAACAUGAAGUACGAGGAAAUGAUGGGUCCUUUCCUGAGGCACCUGAAGUCCAAAGGCUACCCUGAGCACGUGGUCCAGUCGCUGAGUCUUCCUGAGAGUGAAGAGAUGAACAUGGAGCUGAUCACCGCCUUGAUCAGGUACAUUUGCCAGAGCCAACCUGAAGGAGCCAUUCUGGUCUUCCUGCCAGGCUGGGACCAGAUCUCGAAACUGCACAAGAUGGUCACUGAGAGCAGCUUCUUUUCAAAGAGCAAUUUCCUGGUGCUUCCUCUGCACUCUCAAAUGCCAACCAUCAACCAAAAGGAAAUUUUUCUCCGACCACCAGCUGGGGUGAGAAAAAUUAUCAUCGCCACAAACAUCGCAGAGACGAGUAUCACCAUUGAUGACGUGGUUUACGUCAUUGACAGCGGCAAGAUAAAAAUGAAAAACUACAACGUCGAGGACAACUUGCAGACUCUACUGCCGGAGUGGGUGAGCUUUGCCAACGCCAAGCAGAGGCGAGGCAGAGCUGGCAGAGUGCGACCUGGCGUUUGUUACCACCUCUUCACGCAGCGGAGAGAAAUGGAGCUGGCCAACUAUCCCAUUCCUGAGAUGCUGAGGAGUCGACUGGACGAGGUCAUCCUCCAGGUCAAAAUCCUGCAGCUGGGCAAGGUGAAGCCAUUCUUGGCCAAAGUCAUGCAGCCGCCGAACCCAAUCGCUGUCGAAAACGCCCUCCGGUUGUUAAACGUUCUAAAUGCGUUGGACGAGGAUGAGAACCUGACGCCACUGGGCUUCCAUCUGGCUCAGCUGCCGAUGGACCCUCAGCUUGGCAAGAUGAUCCUGAUGGCAUCGCUGUUCCGCUGCCUCGACCCUGUGCUCUCCAUCGCCGCAAGUCUCAGCUUCAAAGACCCGUUCAACCUGCCCCUGGGCUGUGAAAAGAAGGUGGACAAGCAGAAAUUCGAGCUGUCACGCGGCCAGAAGAGUGACCACCUUGUCUUGUCCGAGGCUGUGCGGCUGUGGGAACAGGCCGACGCCUCCGGAGAUGGCGGCAGGUUCUGUUGGACCAAUUUUCUGUCCUCCAGCAUCCUUGUCAUGAUCAGGCGAAUGAAAGGUCAGCUUGCGGAGCAUUUGAAGCGGAUGAAAUUCGUCGACUCCACAGAUCCGAAAGAUCCAAACCUGAACAUCAAUUCCAAAAAUUACGCGCUUAUCAAGGCUGUCGUUUGUGCUGGUCUUUACCCCAACAUUGCUGUCCUCACAAAGGUGCGGAGAGAAAAGAAAGUGUUGCGGACUGCGACUGAGCGGAGGGUGGCGCUGCACCCAAAGUCCGUGAACAACUUUCCUGAGUCGUUCGAGUCGGUGUUGUUUGUGUACCAUCUCAAGCUGAAGAGUGCCAUGGUUUACCUGCACGAUACAAGCAUGGUCUUCCCAAUGCCGCUUCUCUUCUUUGGCAGCUCACUCAGGCAGCUCCGGCAGGAGCAAACCCUAGUCACCAUGGAUCAGUUUGAAUUCCGUUGCUCGCAGCAGACAGCCGACCUCAUCAUGGAACUGAGAAGAAGACUGGAUUCUCUCCUUGAGUACAAAAUCACGCAUCCCCACACUACUGACUGGAACUCAAAUCUGGCUGAAAAGUCCCUGAUUCAAGCCAUUGUGGAGCUGAUCUCGACUGAGGACAAAACCCCGUACUGUGUGAGUGAUUUUGAGGACGACUCUGAUUAAAUUUUUGCAGUUUUGUUACCGUUAUGAAUAUCUGUAUUAAAUAAAACUCAAAUUCACACUGAA